GCUCCCACAGACGCCAUGUACCGGGUCCCGGCCGCCGCGACGGCGCGGGCCGCGACCCUCGGGGGCUGGGCCUGGGGCUGCGGGCGGCGCGGAGCCCACCAGCGCGCGGGGCUGCCGCCGCUCGGCCACGGCUGGGUCGGGGGCCUCGGGCUCGGGCUGGGGCUGGCGCUCGGGGUGAAGCUGGCGGGCGGGUUGAGGGGCGCAGCCCCCGCGCCGCCUCCCGCAGCCCCCGACCCCGAGGCGUCGCCUCAGGCCGAGCCGCCGCGGCAGCCCGAGCAGUCCCUCGCCCCGUGGUCCCCGCAGACCCCGGCGCCGCCCCUCUCCAAGCGCUUCGCCAGAGCCAUCAAGAGCAGCCGCGACCUGCUGCACAGGAUCAAGGAUGAGGUGGGUGCACCGGGCAUAGUGGUUGGAGUUUCUGUGGAUGGAAAAGAAGUCUGGUCAGAAGGUUUAGGUUAUGCUGAUGUUGAGAACCGUGUACCAUGUAAGCCAGAGACAGUUAUGAGAAUUGCCAGCAUCAGCAAAAGUCUCACCAUGGUUGCUCUUGCCAAAUUGUGGGAAGCAGGAAAACUGGACCUUGAUAUUCCAGUACAACAUUAUGUUCCUGAGUUUCCAGAAAAGGAAUAUGAAGGUGAAAAGGUUUCUGUCACAACAAGACUACUGAUUUCCCAUUUAAGUGGAAUUCGUCACUAUGAAAAAGACAUGAAAAAGGUGAAAGAAGAGAAAGCUUAUAAAGCCUUGAAGAUGAUGAAAGAGACAAUGGAAUUUGACCAGGAGAAACAGUUGAAAGAGAAAGGAGGCAAAAGUAAUGAAAAUAAUGACUUUGUGAAAGCUAAGGCAGAACAGGAUAACGAAGCCAAAGGCCGGAAUUCAAAGCCUGGCAAGAAAAAGAAUGAUUUUGAACAAGGCGAAUUAUAUUUAAAAGAAAAGUUUGAAAAUUCAAUUGAAUCCUUAAGAUUAUUUAAAAAUGAUCCUUUGUUCUUUAAACCUGGUAGUCAGUUUUUGUAUUCAACUUUUGGCUAUACCUUACUGGCAGCCAUAGUAGAAAGAGCUUCAGGAUGUAAAUAUUUGGACUAUAUGCAGAAAAUAUUCCAUGACUUGGAUAUGCUGACCACUGUGCAGGAGGAAAAUGAGCCAGUGAUUUACAAUAGAGCAAGAUUUUAUGUUUACAAUAAAAAUAGACGUCUUGUCAACACACCUUACGUGGAUAACUCCUACAAGUGGGCUGGCGGUGGAUUUCUCUCGACAGUGGGUGACCUUCUGAAGUUUGGGAACGCGAUGCUGUAUGGUUACCAAGUUGGACUAUUCAAGAACUCAAAUGAAAAUCUUCUGCCUGGGUAUCUCAAGCCCGAAACAAUGGUUAUGAUCUGGACACCAGUGCCUAACACAGAGAUGUCGUGGGAUAAAGAGGGUAAAUAUGCGAUGGCGUGGGGCGUUGUGGAAAAGAAGCAAACAUACGGUUCUUGUAGAAGGCAGCGGCAUUAUGCCUCUCAUACCGGAGGUGCAGUGGGUGCCAGUAGUGUCCUGCUGGUUCUUCCUGAAGAACUGGAUGAAGACGCUACAAAUAACAAGGUCCCCCCCAGAGGAAUAGUUGUUUCCAUCAUAUGUAACAUGCAGUCUGUUGGCCUCAAUAGCACUGCCUUAAAGAUUGCUCUGGAAUUUGAUAAAGACAGAUCAGAUUGAUACCUUAAGAUCACAGGUGCAAAAUGAGCUGUUUUGUUUUUGAAAUAUUGAUCUCUCUAAAGACGUGAGAUUUUUAAGAAUACAUUUUUAAUAGAGUAUAAUUGAAUGCAGAGAAUUGUGUGCCUCUGAUUGCUUAAUUUUGUAAAUGUCUUUUAUUGUAGGAUUAGUUCUUUAUACUCAGGGAAGUAACUACAUUGUUUUUACUUUUUGAAAAAGUAUUAACACUUGAAAUAAAAUAUUCUGAUAAAAAUAUGUAUUUUUUGAAUGUUGUAAUACAGAGAAAAUCCCAUUCAACAGACGUUUCCAAAUACUCUUCUUUUAAAAUGGCAGCAGAAAUGAGAUUAUGAGGAAUGGUGUAUUACUUAUCUAGUGCUGCAUAACAGGUUGUUGUCUUAGAACAGCCAGCAUUCAUUAUUUGACAGUGUCUGUGGCUCAGGACUUAGGAGUAGCUUAGCUGGGUGGGUCUGGCACAGUCUCUAGUGAGAUUGCCGACAAGACGUUGGCCAGAGUGCAGUCUUCUGAAGGCUUCUCUGGAGCUGGAGGAUACGCUUCCAAGAUGGCUCACUCACAUGGCCGUUGGCAGUGUCCUCUGUUCCUCACUAGUUGUUGGCAAGAGACCUCAGUUUCUCAUCAUGCAUGCCUUUCUAUAGGGCUGCUUGAGUGUCUUAACGGCAUGGCAGGUGCCUUCCCCCGGAGCCAAGUGAUCGGAAAGGGAGCACAAGGCAGAAACCAAUGUCUUUUGUAAUCCAGCAUCAGAAGUCACAUACUGUCACUUUUUCCAUAUUCCAUAGGUCGUAUAGACCUGAUACAGUGUUGGAGGAACUACACAAGGGUAUGAGUAUCAGGAGGUGGGAUCAUCACUAGAAAUUAUCUUGGAGGUUGGCUACCACACUAUGUCUUCUGGCCCCUAGUGUUUCGUGUCCCUCCCCCGUGUAAAAUAUACUCACCUCCCAAGGUCUCCAAAAGCUUCAUUCCAUUAUAGUACCAGCUCAAAGUCCAGUGUCUUGUCAUCUAAAUCAGGUCAGAGUGUGAAUGAGGCUCCUUGGGAGUAGUUCCUUAAGUGCAGCAAGUCGAAUAUGGUUCCUCUUGAUCCAAAGACCUAUGAACUAAAGGGGCAAGUUAUCUGCUCCCUACGUAUGCAGCGUACAACGUGGAACAGAUGUAACUGUUGUAGACCCACCUGUUCUGAAAGGGGGGAAAUGGGAGGCAUAUAGGAGCCACCGGCCUUAGAAUUUCUGAAAUCCAACUGGAUACAGGUUGACCACUCCUUGCUUAGUACUCACAGUUUGGAAAUAAUUCUCCUUAGUCCUCAGCUAUGCUUUCUGGGCUCUUGUUUCUGCUCUCUGAGGUAUCUUUCCUUUUUUCAUGAAAUGUAGCCUGUGUUUGCAGUUGAGUAGUUUUCUCAGCCUGCUUUCUGCUUGUCAAAGUUUGGGGUCCAAAGGCCUCUUUCCACUUUGUACUCUUGCUGUCCUUUCAACUCUAAGUUGGCGGUGUUUCUACCAAUAUGAUUUAAAAAAAAACAACUUAGUCUGUCUCCUAUGAGUCUUAAUGGGUCUUGUCCCAUCAGACAAUAAAACCAAACCACACCCGUAGUUGUGGAGGUGAUUCUGACUCAUAGUGACCCUCUAGGACAGAGUAGAACUGCCUCCAUAAGGUUUCCAGGGAGCAGUGGUGGAUUUGAACUGCUGACCUUUUGGUUAGCAGCCAAGCUCUUAACCACUACAUUACACUAAUAGGAGCCAGCAGACAAUAGUCAUACCCAAAAAUCUCUUUUAGGAAAGCCCUUCUCUGACUUGGGCUUCUUGAGAGAAAACAUCCAUAGCAUCUAAGAAGUCUUGUUGUUUGAAUGGCUCACUGAGGCACCAUCUUGGGUAAGAAAAGAUUUUACAGUCACACCUUGGCUUCAUAUUUAGACCAUGUUUUCCUGGCAGUACCCUAUAUUUUAUCUUUGCCUUGAAAUUAUUCAUUUUGCCAUCAUUUGCCAUCUGGAGACAAAGGGAAUUUUCAGAACCAUCAAAUAAAUAUUGGCUCCUUUUUAAAAAUAGUUCUUCCUUUAGCUUCUCUCUCUUGCAUUUUAGUAUAAGCAGCAAGAAGCCAGGAGGCACAUUCAACACUGUGUCUGGAAAUCUUGGCUAGAUCACUCAGUUCAUUAGGCACAUUGUCUACUUGCCACGUUAUUUUCAGAACUUUCUGCCACCACAUACGUGAAUCCCCUUUCCACCAAUGUCCAAAAUGAUUUUCCUUAUUUUCUGUAAGUCCACAUCUACAGCCUCCUCUAAGGCUUCUAAACAGCUUCUUUAAGGCUCUUCAGGAUUUCGCUAACACUCUUUUCAGAGUCCUUCCAACUUCCACCCACUGCUCUGUUCACAUCCACCCCCAUGUUUUAGGUUUUUGUUAUGACAGCACCCCACUUCCAGGUACUAAAAUCUGUGUUAUCUGUUUCUUUCUGAUUAUAUAUUUUUAUUAUUGAGACAUAGUUCACAGUUUGCAUACCAUAAAAUCCACCCUUUUAAAGGAUACAAGUCAGUGGUUUUUAGUAUAUGUAAAGGUUGUGCGACCAUCACCACUAUCUAAUACCAGACCGUUUUCAUCACCCCAAAAAGAAACCCCAUUCCCAAUAGUGGCCAUUUCCUUUCCCUCCCUCCCGCAGCCAACCUCAGCCCCAGGCAACCAAGAAUCUCCCCCCUCCUCCCAUCCGAGCACCUGGCAACCAAGAAUCUACUUUCUGUCUCUAUGGAUUUGCCCGUUCUGGAUAUUUCAUGUAAGUGAAAUCAUUUGGUAGGUGACCUUUUGUCUGACUUUUUUCACAUGGCAUAAUGGUCUCAAGGUUCAUCCAUGUUGUAGCUGCAUCAGAACUUUAUUCCUUUUAAUGGUUGCAUUGUAUGAAUAUACAACAUUUUGUUUAACCAUUCAUCACUUAAUGGACAUUGGGUUGUUUGUACUUUUUGGCUACUGUGAAUAAUGAUGUUAUGAACAUUCGUGUACAUGUUUUCAUGUAGACAUACAUUUUCAAUACCUAGGAGUGGAAUUACUAGGCCACAUGGCAACUCUAUGUUCAAUUUUUUGAGGAAUUGCUAAACUCUUCCACAGCAACUGUGCUGUUUUACAUUCUCACCAGCAGUGUAUGAUGGUUUCAAUCUCUCCACACCCUCACCACAAAGUUUAGCUUUGGGAUUAUUAGAUUAAUAUUAAUAUAUAGGCUAUUUAUCCUUUUAUACCAGAAACUUGCUAUAAUAAAUACGUUAUUGUCCAUAUUUUUUAUUAUAGCCAUCUUUGUGGGUGUAUUAUCUCAUUGUGGUUUCAAUUUGCAUUUCCCUAAUAACUAAUGAUGUUGGGCAUCUUUUCCUGUGCUUAUUGGCCAUUUGUGUCAUCUUUGGAGAAAUGUCCAACUAGAUACAUAUGAUUUACAAAUAUUUUCUCCCAUUUUGUGGUUAUUUUCAUUUUAAGUUUGAUGAAGUCCAAUUUUUUCUUUUGUUUUAUGUGGUUUUGGUGUUGUAUCAAAGAAACCAUUGCCUCAUCCAAGGUCACAAAAAUUCAUGCCUAUGUUUCCUUGUAAGAGAUACUUUUAGUUCUUACAUUUGGGUGUGAUUCAUUUUGAGUUAGUUCUUAUAUGGUGUGAUGUGGGGUUCUUACUGUGUUCUCUACUUCUUUUUCACAGCUGCAUGAUAGUCCGUGGCACGGAAGUACCUUAACUUAUUCAGCGUUACUCUUUUGUUUCUAGGUUUUCUGUGUUUUUUCCCCCUACUAUAAACAGUGCUUCCAUAUAUCUAAAUAUGCCCUUAAUAUUGGUGCUUUUAUUUAUUUUUAGUAAAGAAAAAAGAAAGUUUUAUUCAGCAUAUAUUCAAAAACGCAAAGGUGGAAAACAAACAAGCAUGUUGCCACAGCCAUGUCUGUCAGAGUCCAGAGAAUAUUACAGAAUAAGCAAGAAUGGGAAAACAGACAAGCGUGCUGUCACAGCCAUGUCUGCCCAAAUCCAAAGAAUGUUAGAGUCAUCAGUAUGUAUUAACACUACAAAAUGGGCAAAACCAUUGAAAGCUUCACCUUUUCAUAGAUUGGCUAGAAACUGUGAUCUUACAUUUUGAAUUGUCCUUCUUAACAAUCAUUGGUACAGGUUACAGUAACCGACAGUCAGGAGGGUCUUCAUUGGUCCAGCAAAUUUCUAUUCAUUAAAUAUUAAUAGAAAAAGAUGAUUGGAAAGUCUUUUGUGUUCUGGCUUAUGUGAAAGGUUCCCUAAAAGAUGUUUUCCAAGAUUAUUCUAUUGUCUUUAUCUCAGGGCUUGGGUGAUGUGUCCUUGUGAGUCCUUGUAAGCCCUUGUGAGCUCAGCUCCAGCUGGGUCACUGGUGCCUUUAUUUCUAUGGGAUAGAUUUUCAGGUGUGGGAUUGCUAGUUAGAUAAAUAUUUUUAAUGUUAACAGGGGGGUAACAGAUUGCUUCCCACCAGCAAUAUAGGAAAAUAUUCUUCCCUUCUCCAUUCUUCUGGCAAAACUGUCUUUAAAUUUUUGCUAUUUUGAUGAUAACAAGGUAAAGAAGAAACCUGUCAGAGAAGGAAAACGCAAACUUUUUCCGCUAAAACAGGUGAUAGAAAAGUGGUAAGACUGCACCAUGUCAAAGGCAGAAAACUUGGAAGAGCCAGAAAAACAAGGCAGUCCUGCCAACUUCCGGCUUUCACGUGUUUAGCUGUGUACCACUGUUACUCUAAUAUGCACGUCUGAUUACUGAGGUGCUGGGGAAUGGAAAGAAGCCAGAAUAAUUGCUGUAGUCCUAGAAUUCCUUCUCAUUUGCUUUUUCUUAAAACAUUGUUUUUCCAUAUUAGAAAUAUGGCCAAAAAUAGUUGGGCCAUGUUAUUAGUUUUCUAUUGCUACUGUAACAAAUUUUGUUUAAACAACACAAAUUUAUUAUCUUACAGUUUUGGAAGUCCGAAGUCUAAAAUGGGUCUCCUGGGGCUAAAACCCACGUGGCGGUGGGGCCACGUUCUUUUUGGAGGUUCUGUGGGAGAGUUUGUCUCUUUGUCUUUUCUCUUUGCCAUCCAUUGGCUCAUGGUUUCACAUCAGUCCACCUUCUGCUUCCAUCGUCACAUCUCCUUCUGAUCCUGACUCUCCUGCCUCUCUCUUAUGUGGUUACAUUGGGCCCACCCAGAUAAUCCAAGACCCUGAACUACAUACACUGUGAUUGUUACUGCAUUAAAUAAGUAUGGGCAUACCUCAUCUUAUUGCACUUCACAGAUUCUGCAUUUUUUACAAAUUGAAGGUUUGUGGCAACCCUGUGUCAAGCAAGUCUAUCACGCCACUUUUCCAAUAGCAUGUGCUCACUUCCCGUCUGUGUCACAUUUUGGUAAUUCUCGUAAUAUUUCAAACUUUCUCAUUAUUAUAUCUCUUAUGGUAACCUAUCAUCAGUGGUCUUUGAUGUUACUAUUGUAAUUGUUUCGGGGUACCACACACCAUACCCAUGUAAGAUGGCAAACUCAAUCGAUAAAUGUUGUGUGUUAUGACUGCCCCACCAACCAGCCAUGUCUGUCUCCCUCUCUGCUGGCCUCCCUAUUCCCUGAGACACAGCAAUACUCAAAUUAAGCCAAUUGGUAACCCUACAAUGGCCUCUAAAUGUUCGUUUGAAAGGAAGAGUUGCAUGUCUGUCUCUUUGAAUCAAAAGGUAGAAAUGAUGAAGCUUAGUGAGGAUGGCAUGUCAAAUCAAAAGCCAAGAUAGGCCAAAAGCUAGGCCUCUUGCAACAGCCAAAUUGUGAAUGCAAAGGAAAAGUUCUUAGAAGAAAUUAAAAGUGCUACUCCGGUGAACACACGAACGAUAAGUAAGUGAAACAGCCUCAUUGCUGAUAUGGAGAAACUUUUAGUGGUUUGGCUAGAAGAUCAAACCAGCCACAACGUUCCCUUAAGCCAAGCCUAAUCCAGAGCGAGGCCUUAACUCUCUUCAAUUCUGUGAAAGCUGAGAGAGGUGAGAGAGCUGCAGGAGAAAAGUUUGAAGCUAGCAGGGAUUGGUUCAUGAGGAUUAAGGAAGAAGCCAUCUCCAUGACGUGUAAGUGCAAGGUGUCGCAGCAAGUGCUGAGGUAGAAGCUGCAACAAGUUAAUUCAGAAAAUCUAGCUACUUGAUAAAGGUGGCUACACUACAUAACAGAUUUUCAGUGUAGAUGAAAAAGCAUUAUAUUGGAAGAUGCCGUCUAGGACUUUUCAUAACUAGAGAGAAGUCAAUGCCUGACUUCAAAGGACAGGCUGACUCUCUUGUUAGGGGCUAAUGCAGCUGGUGACCUUAAAUGGAAGCCAAUGCUCAUUUACCACUCCAAAUAUCCUAGGGCCCUUAAGAAUUACACUUCAUCUACUCUGCCUCUACUCUGUAAAUGGAACAACAAGGCCAGGAUGACAGCACAUCUGUUGAUGGCAUGGUUUACUGAAUAUUUUAAGCCCACUGUUGAGACCUACUACUCAGAAAAAAAAAAAAAAAAGACUCCUUUCAAAAUAUUACUGCUCAUUCAUUGACAGAGCAUGUGGUCACCUAGGAGCUCUGAUGGAGAUAUACAAAGAGAUUAAUGUUGUUUUCAUACCUGCUAACACAACAUCCAUUCUGCAGCCCAUGGGUCAAGUAGUAAUUUUGACUUUCAAGUCUUAUUUAAGAAAUAUGUUUUGUAAGGCUAUAGCUGCCAUAGAUAGUGAUUCCUUUGACGGAUCUGGGCAAAGUAAAUUGAAAACCUUCUGGAAUAUUCACCAUUCUAGAUCCAUUAAGAACAUUUGUGAUUCAUGGGAGGAGGUCAGAGUAUCAACAUUAAUAGGAGUUUGAUUCCAACCCUCAUGGAUGACUUUGAGGGGUUCAAGACUUCAGUGAAGGAAGUAACUGCAGAUGUGGUGGAAGUAGCUAGAGAACUAGAAUUAGAAGUGGAGUCUGAAGAUGUGGCUGAAUUGCUGCAAUCUCAUGGUAAAACUUCAAUGCAUGAGGAGCUGCUCCUUAUGGAUGAGUAAAGUGGUUUCUUGAGGUGGAAUCACUCCUGGUGAAGAUGCUGUGGACAUUGUGGAAAUGACAAUAAAGGAUUUAGAAUAUUACAUACACUUAGUUGAUAAAGCAGCAGCAGGGUUUGAGAGGAUGGACUCCGGUUUUGAAAGAAGUUCUACUGCGGGUAAAAUACUAUAAAACAGCAUCGCAGCUAGAGAGAAAUCUUUCAUGAAAGGAAGAGUCAAAUCAAUGUGGCAAACUUCACUCUUAUUUUAAGAAAUUGUCACAGCCACCCUAACCUUUAGCAGUUGUCAGCCUGAUUAGUCAGCAGCCAUCAACAUCGAGGCAAGACCCUCCACCAGCAAAGAUUACCACUCCCUGAAGGCUUAGAUCAUGGUUAGCAUCUUUCAGCAAUAAAAUAUUUUUUAAUUAUGUACAUUUUUUAGACAUAAUGCUAUUGCACUUAAUAGGCUACAGUAUAAACGUAACUUUUAUAUGCACCAGGAAACCAAAAAUUUCGUGAGUCACUUUGUUGCGAUAUUCACUACUGUGGUGAUCUGCAACUGAACCCGCAGUAUCUCCCAGCUAUGCCUGUACAGUGAGAUCUGUGAGAGCCAGAACGGCUGGUCUGCUGUUUUUCCAGGUCUUGGCAAGUUUUCAGCCUUUGACAGGGUGCAGUCUUAUCACUUUUCUAUUGCUUUAGUUGGAAAAUAUGUUUUCCUUCUCUGACAGGUUUCUGCCUUACAGAGGUUGUAGCUUUUGCAGGUUUUACUGUACAUUCAUAUAUUGUUUUCAGCUAUAAUAGCAAAACUAUAUAGUUAGCAAACUAAUGGGUGUCUUUUCAUUUGUAAUCAUUUAGUCCUAUUCAUAGCAAUUUGGAAAAGGGCUGAAAAUCAAAAUUUAGGGCUUCUACUCAUACAAAGGAGCCCUGGCAGCACAGUGGUUAAGUGUUCAGCAUCCAACCAAAAGGUCGGCAAUUCAAAUCCAGCAGCCCCUCCUUGGAAACCCUAUAGGGAAGUUCUAUUCUGUCCUAUAGGGUUGUUAUGAGUUGGAAUUGACUGAACAGCAAUGGGUUUGGUUUUUACUCUUAUGAAACACAAACUAAUCAGAAUACAUUUUUUUUUAUGUGCUUUAAGUGAAAGUUUACAAAUCAAGUCAGUCUCUCAUACAAAAAUUUACACACACCUUGCUAUGUACUCCUAGCUGCUCUCCCCCUAAUGAGACAGCACACUCCUCCCCUCCACCCUGUAUUCCGUGACCACAGAAUACAUUUUUUUAAUAUAUAAACCAAAUUCACGCACACAGUACAUAUGAACUAUAUAGGAUCACUAUGAGUUGGAAUCGACUGGACGGCAGUGGGUUUGUUUUUGGUUUAUAAUAUAUUCGCACAUACAAAAAGAAGAAAAAAAGAGGAUUUGCCCAUAAUCAAAACUUUAUUGAAAAAACUGACACCAAAAUAGAUCACUGCAGUAUACUUUACCAAAAAAAUAAAAAUCAAACAUUAAUUACAUUAUCUUGGUAGAUUAACUAGAAUUACUGAACCGAUAAGGCCUUCUGUGAUAUAACAGAAAUUUAGGGGUUUGUUUGGAGCAUUAGUGUUGCUUUCUUCUAAAUGAACAACCUGCAAAGGAAUCACAAGAGCAUAUUAAACAGAAAUCUAACUUUGGCAUAGUUUCAGUGACAAAGUACAUUUUUAUUUAAAAAAAAAAAACCUUAGCUU